AUGGACUCCACGCUGGCCCCGCGGCCGCGGCCACGCCCAGCACACACCCAAGGAACCACACGCUGUGCCUAUACCCCCGACGGCACGCGGCUCGUCACCGUCGGCUCCAACAACACGAUCCGCCUCUACACGACGGGCUCCGACGGCGAGCCCACCAACAUUGACGACUGCCAGGAGCAAAACAUUGCCGUCGCCGCCAGCAAAACCUCCUUUGUCGUCGGCUCCGAGGACGGCACCGUCAGCCUUUUUUCCCUAGAGACGGCCUCGUUUGAGAAAUUCCUGCUGCGCACGUCGCUGCCGGUCCGCGACGUCGCCCUCACACCUGGCGCGGGGACAUGGUGCGCCGUGACGAGCGACGAGCUGACGGUUAAGAUUGUGAAUACACAGGACAUAUCGCAGGUGCGGCACCUACGCGAGCACGGGCGGCCGGCGCGGCACGUCGCGUUUGAUCCAAAAGCCAGCCUCGUUGCAGUGUCGGGCACAGACGGCAUCGUGUACAUAUACUCGUUGACGGCGGAGGAGCCGGAGCUGAUUCGCAAGAUUGACGGCGUGAUUGGCGCGCUCGAGAGCGACGGCACGGCGAGCUCCAAGGCGGCGUGGCACCCGGACGGCAGGGCGUUUGCGGUGCCGACGCCAACGCGGGAUAUCCAGGUCAUUUCAAAAAAUGACUGGGAAAAGCAGCGCUGCUUCGAAAACGGCCACAUGGGCGACAUCACGGCGCUCGCGUGGUCGCCCAACGGCGCCAUGCUUGCGUCGGCGGCCAAAGACGGCAAGAUUCUCGUGUGGGACACCAAGACACAGGCUGUGCUUCAGCGCUACAACUUUUCCAACGUCAUCGACCUGUGCUGGCACCCGAGAAAGAACAUUCUCUCCUUUACGACAACAGAUGGCGAGGUGUACAUUUACCCCGACUUUCUCAGCGACCAGUUUGCGCCGCUUCUCAAGCUCAACCCGCAGCCCGCGCCUUUUAUUCACGAUCCGCUAUCCGAGAUUUCCGGCAACAGGCAGGCACUGCCCGUUUUCAACGGUCAAAAGGCUCAUGAUUUGCCUACGCGCCGCCGGCGCGACUCCUUGGGCAGCUUGGACUCGUUUCUCCGUGCCGGUGACGGCUUCGGCAACGCAGACGACGACGACUUUGUAGUCGACGACGACAAUGCGGGCUACGCGCCGGGCUUCCUCAAGCGAGGCCGCGAGGGUGACGACGACACGUACAACGGCCGCUCGCGCAAGCGCAGACACCUGCCCGAGCCCACCUAUCACGAGUCCUUCCAGCCGGGCUCUACGCCGUGGCAGGGCAACCGCAAAUACCUGUGCCUGAACCUGGUCGGCUUCGUUUGGACGAUUGACCAGGAUGCGCACCACACCGUCACUGUCGAGUUCUACGACCACGAGCUGCAGCGGGAUUUCCACUUCACCGACACGUUUCGCUACGACAAGGCGUGCCUCAACGACCGCGGGUCGCUCUUUGCGUGCCCGCCGCGCGGCGACGACCAGCCCGCAUGCAUCUACUACCGGCCGCACGAGAGCUGGACCCAGCGCCUGGACUGGCGCACCGAGCUGCCGCGCGGCGAGACCAUCACGGCCAUGUCGCUGAGCGACUCGUUCGUCACGGUGACGACCGACGCCAGCUACGUGCGCGUGUACACGCUGUUUGGCGUGCCGUACCGCGUGUACCGUCCCAAGAGCACGCCGACGGUGACGUGCGCCAGCUGGCGCGAUUACGUGCUGACGGUAGGCAACGGGCCGAUCGGGCCGGACGGGGCGGCGCGGCUGCUGUACACGAUUGAAAAUGUCAAGCGCGACGAAAUCUGUCAGAAUGAAGACACGCUCGCGCUGCCACCCGGCGCGACAUUGAAGAGCGUCUUUUUCUCCGACAAUGGCGACCCCUGUAUAUAUGACUCUACGGGCACGCUGCUGACGCUGCUGCACUGGCGCCAGCCCUCUCGCGCCUGCUGGGUGCCUCUCCUUGACACGCGGCUGCUGCCUCGCCUUGCCUCUGGCCGCAAGCAUGAGACGUAUUUUCCCAUUGCCGUGGCCGACGACAAAUUCCACUGCAUCAUCCUCAAGGGCGGCGACAAGUACCCAUACUUUCCCCGUCCGCUACUGUCCGAGUUUGACUUUUCCAUUCCUCUGACCUCGCCGCCCAAGAUCAAGGAAGCCAAGUCCAAAAAGAAGAAGAAGCAGCUCCACGAAGACGGUGAGGAUCUCGGCAUUGAGGUGGAAGAAGAUGCUUCAGACGAAGAAAUGCAAGAAGGCGACGACAACAACAACAAUGACGACGAUGGUGACGAGGAUGUUGUGGAGGAAUUGUCAGAGACCAAGAAGCUCGAGCAGGCGUUUGUGCUACGGGGCGUGCAGGCCGCGCAAGCGCAGGACGUGUUGGACGCGACAACGGGCGGGCACGCGCAGCGCAGCGUGCUGGCGCGGCUGGAGCUGGAGAUGGACAAGACGCUGCUGCAGCUGCUGGCGGUCGAGUGCCGCGAGGGCGAAGAGCGGGGAAUGCGGGCGCUGGAGAUUGUGCGGCUGAUGCGCGACCGCACUGGGCGCAUGGUCGAGGCGGCGGGCAAGGUGGCGGAGCGGUACGGGCGCGCGAUCCUGGGGGACAAGAUUCGCGAGGUGGGCGAGAGGAGGGUGGCAGGGGAGGACGACGACUUCUUCUAA